AUGCACGCCAUGGCCGACGCCGGCGAACCCCCUCCCAAUUUGUGCCCCCUCUGCGGCCACCCCGCCCCCACCACGUCCUCCUCUGCCUCAUUGUCGCCGCCAGUGGCGGCCACGAGGCCGCCGUUGAAGAGGAAUUCGCCGCCUGAGGCGCCGGCCGCCGUGGUGCGGGUGGAGAUAGGGGACGAGGCGGUGGCACUUCGGGAGGCGCUGGCGCGGCAGCAGGUGGCUCUGGGGGAACUGCAGGCCGAGCUGGAUGCGGAGCGCGGCGCGGCGGCCGGCGCCGCCAGCGAGGCCAUGACCAUGAUCCUUCGCCUGCAGCGUGAGAAGGCCGAGGCCAUGAUGGAGGCGCGCCAGUUCCGGCGCUACGCAGAGGAGAAGAUGUCGCACGACGCCGCGGAGCUCGCCGCGCUCGAGGAGGCCAUGGCCAAGCGCGACGCCUCGAUCUCGAUGCGCGCCGUCCAGUCCCAGUCCCGCCUCGCCACGUCGUCGAUACCUUCCUCAUCACCGCGCGUCUCCUCCACGCCGCGCAUGUUGUCCACCCCGCGCCACCCGUCCACGCCGUCGACGGUAACCGGGGCCGGCGGCUACUACCCGCCGCUGCGGUGCUUCAGCGAACGCUUCAACGAUCACCCGCCGACCGCGUCGGAGGCGGACGUGCUGGACGUGCAGACCCCGCGCGACCACCUCGCCCGCCUCUCCCACCGCGUCCAGAUGCUCGAGCGCCGCGCGCCGCCCACGGCCACCACCACGCCCAUCAUCCGCGUUGCGCCGGGCUCCGCGUUCCCCCGCAACUCGCGCGUAUUCUCCGACACCGACAGCAUAGACUUCUGCGACGGCGAGUUCUUCCCGGACGACGACUGCGGCGCCAGCGACCGGGUGUACACCGUGGACGCCAUCCACGGCCGAGGCGUUCCCCUGGCCGUGCCCGAGGGCUCCUACUGCGGCGGCACGCCGGUCGGGAGCGACUGCUGCGGCGGCGGGUCGUGGGCGGAGGACGAGGAGAUGCGUCGGCUCACAGCGCGCCUGCAGGCGUUAGAAGCUGACCGGGAGACCAUGCGCCAGGCCCUCAUUUCCAUGGGUGCCGAGAAGGCGCAGGUGGUGCUGCUCAAGGAGAUCGCGCAGCAGCUCUGCAAGGACGCCCCGCCACCAGUGCCGGCCGUCACCGUGGGGCAUCAUUACUACAAGGGGGCAGCGCCACCGCCCAUGACCGUCACCGUACCACGACCGCAGCGACCCAUGGUUAUGCACAGGAUGGUUGUCAAGAGCCAGCCGCUCACGAGGACCUCAUGCUUCGCGACAGUGGCCAAGUGGGUCGCAUCGAUCGUCUGGUGGCGAAGGAAAUCAUCUCGUAUCAAGUAUCCUAUUGGCCAGUGCGGUAACAAUGUCGGGCUGAUGCUGCUGCUUGACAAGUCCUCGAAGGCUCCAGGGCACGGGCAUCAGAGACCUCCCAAAAGGAUUUAG